AUGGAGCAAAGGCAAACACAAAACUUUCCAAAUCUUCCACCCAAUGUUUUCAUACAAUAUACAACCCCACAAAAUAAUGGGGAUAAAAAUUAUUAUAAAAUUGAAAACAUACCAUUCCAACCGAAUGCUGUAAACAUAAAUCUUGGUCAACCAAUUUCAUUAAUUAAUCAACCAUGUGUUUUAAAUCAAAACAAUACAAGUUUUAUUGGUAAUUCUUGUGUGACUACUGCUGCAGCUAAUUAUGUUAGUCUGUCUACAGGGAACUGGAAUCAUGGAAUGCAACAAAUUAUGUAUCCGAUUAUUGAUAACACUGGUUCGUUAGAUGGUCAUCAACUUGCGACAAAACAAACUGUGGAUGCUAAUGUUCUUACGACAGGCACUUGCACUGUUCUUAGUCCUGCAAAAAAUAUUCCUAAAAAACAUAUAAUUAAUAUCGUAGGAGAUGAAACUCAUAGCUUGCAAGAAUUACAAGAAGAAAUUGAUGAAAAGGGGAAGAAAAAGGGAAAAACUAAAGAAAAAGAAAAUGAAAAUAGUAGUUUUGGAUGUCAAAUUUGUGGAGAAGAAUUUAAAUCAAAGGGUAGUUUGAGAUUUCACAUGUUUCAUCACAAUCCGAAAUCUAAAAAUAAAUUUCAGUGCAUCGGGUGUAAUGAAGGUUUUGAAAAAGAGAAAUUAAAACAAGAACACGAAUUGAAUUGCGAGCAAAAUUAUAAAUUAGCAGAAUUGGAAUGUUGUUUUUGCGAUUUGCCUUGUAGUACUCCUAAGCAGCUUAGAAAUCAUGAAAAUAAACACAGGCCAAUUAGAAAAACUAAAAGGUAUAGAAAUACAUGUGUUUGCAUUGAAUGCAAAAAAGCAUUUGACGCCAUUUUGUCUCUAAAGGUUCAUAUUCAGAAGCAUCACAAAAAAUCACACGUUAAACCUUUGGAAAAUAAACCGUUUACGUGUAGUGAGUGUGGAUUAGGUUUUCGCUACGAAAGAUCUAAAAUAAAACAUGAAUUUAAAGCUCAUACAAAACAGGAGUCGACGUCAUUAUGA